CUUAAGAUAUUAAUCUGUCGCUCAUAUAUAAAAUAUAUAAUUCUUGAUCAUGUCAAACUAUCAUUUGACUGUAUUUGUAUCAAUUGCACUGGCUCUUACAUUUUCCAAUGCUUAUCUACUUGACAAUGGCGAAUAUAAAGUUAUUAGUACUUGUACACCAACAUUUGUCGAAGUUGAAUUACACCUGGCGAGAGGAUUCGAAGGACUAUUGAGAACUGUUAAGUUACCACAAUGUCAAAAACAGUUCUUAGCUAACGAAACAUCUGUUAUAUUUGACAUACCUUUCGGUGAAUGUACAUUGGGAUUCAAAACUUUCAAACUGGACAUACAUAAAAUUAUGAGAUUAAGUGAAGAUAUUGCAUUUUCAGGAGUACCUGUAGCUACUCAAAUUAUUAUAUGUUAA